AUGCGUGUUUUAGUGAUAUAUGCGUAUCUGUUAACGGGUCUAUUUUACUUUUCGGAAGGUAAGCCCUGUCCUGAAAAGACACGACAACACAAAACCCGCUGCGAUGCCUACUAUAAAUGUCGCGAACUGGCAUCCAACUCUCAUGUCUGGGUGCCUACGAAAUGCUCUGAAGGUCUGGUCUAUGAGCACAAAAUGGGACUCUGUGUAUUGCCUGGCGAGGAUUGGGAAUGCAUAACACCAAGCGAAUUGGCAAAUCCAUCAAAAUCCGCCGAAUUCCCUCAGGCCGAUGCAAAUAUAUUGAUUGUGAACGAUAUGGCGCCAUUAGCUCAACAAAAUGAACAACUUUUGGAUGAUGACAGUGUUAAAAUAGUGCUAGAUGCUUCUCUAAGUAGUGAGGAAUCACACGAUCAAGAGAUUUUAGAGCAGAAUAGGCGACCCUCUCAGGAGGAUCAUCAUUUCGAUUCGAGUGGCGAUGGUGAACUUGUGGAAUUGGAUGGUGCAUUGCCAGUACAAAAUCGUGAAAGUGAUCCCGCAGUGGAGAAACUGAAAGCCGAACUGAAACAAGUGCAGGGUGUAAGUGAAAGCUCCAAGCCAGGAUCACCAAUUGAUCCCAAUUUGACGGCCCAUUUGCAAAGAUUAUCCCAGCUUAUUGAUGGACUACAACAAAAAUAUCAAAAGACAGAUAAGCCCGAAGUGGAAAUGCGGCCGGAUCAAUUGAAUGCAUUUUUGGCGCAUUUCAAAAUCAAAAAUCACUUUGAUCAAUUGACACCCGAAGGCAACUACAAAGACGCCGGGGAUACAAAUGAUGGAACUACCCCAAAACCAUUGGAGAGUACAACCACCAGCAGCAGCAGCAGCAGCACCACAAUGACAACAAAACUGCCAGAAGCCUCGCCAAAUAAGACCAGUCUACAGGAGCAUCUUAACAAGAAUCGCAUGCAACCGGAAACAAAACUAAUGCUAUCAAAUACUUUACCCUUUUCCAUGCAUGGCACUUCCAGUUCCGGUUCAGGAUAUGCCAAUUCUCAGAUUGUAGUGAAUCGACCCGAGGGUUCUGUAAUGUUUGCCCUUCCACCGGGGCCAUCCUCCUAUGGAAUGAGCAAUGAACAAAACAUGCCUUCUUAUCACACAAGUCAAAGUCAUGAAUAUAACGAACAUAGUGAACCAAAAAUCUCGGAAGAUACUUUAAAAACCGUUCUAGAGCUCUCCAAACAGAUGAUAGCUGCCCAAAAUGUACCCAAAGUCUUGCCCAAUCCGGGCUACGCCUAUGCCCAGCCCAUUCUGCAGCCAGUGUUCAUAUCUCCUCAUGGGGGAAAUCCAUUUCAACAAUAUUAUGCACCUUCACCCAUGAGUUAUGCACCGCCACAACACAAGAAACAUGGCCAUGGAGGCUAUAGUAGUAAGCCAAGUACCACCAUUAUACACAAUAAUGUAAUACCAGUUCAUCUGUCCAGCACUAAUUCGGGAGAGAAAGAGGUGUUGGAUACCUAUGGCAAUAGUUUGGGCAUGUAUCCCAGUUUGGAUAAACAUGCCACUGCGGAUUACAUGACCACGGCAAGGCCAACUCUGUCCCAAUUGACAACCAUGGCCAGUCUGUAUGAUUCACCCUAUGGCCAACAGGAAUUCACUUUAACCACACCGCGACCCUUUGAACAGCAACCCUCAGCGGCGACAGUAUCCACUUAUUAUACGCCUAGUCCGCAUCUCAAUGAGCAUAAUGUGAAUCGCAUCUUUCAAUCGGCCACUGAAAGCUAUCAAACUAAUUUGAAUCUGCCCAGGCCCAUGAUGGAUAUGUUUCCUAGUCAAUUGGAACCAGGUCAAGUGAAGAUACGUCCCAAUUCACAGAAAAUCGAAAGCAUGGAAGUUCUCGAUGCUGCCGGAAUGGGAAAUGAUGAUAUGAUUAAGGCCAACUAUAUGAAUGUAAACCAAUCGCCUCACGUACUGACCUACAGCAGCAGCAACGGCGGCAGCAGUUCUUCAGAUAUUCUGGGCAUGGGUCAGCAAUUAGCACCUCCAUCGAGCUCAUCGUCGUCAUAUAUGGAUCAUCAACAGCAGCAGCAGCAGCAGCAUCAGUUUCAUUCACUUUCCCCUUACUUGGCCAGGCCAACACCAACGAUAAGUAGCAGCAUCUACAGCGAUUCGGCUGGUAAUAUGGAAUUAAAUAUGUUUAGCAGCAAUCCGCAACCCACUAUGAAUCUCUAUAACAAACUCAAGUAUCCCAGUCAGAGUGGCGGUGGUGGUGGUAGUGGUGGUCAACUGGUCAAUUUUAAUGGCAAUUUCAUCAGUCUCGAUGUCUUUCAAAAAUCCAUUUUACCCCUGAUGACCAAGUCAUCAGCGGCCAUGUCGGAGCUAGGCAAUGUGGAGGUAAUCACCUGUCAAGCUGGUGUACGACAACCCAAUCAAACAGAUUGCACACGAUACUUUGUCUGCAGUAAAAAGGAUGGCAAAGUCUUGUCCUAUUCAUGUCCACCCUAUACAGGAUUCAAUAGCCAGACACGCAUAUGUGAUGCCCAGACAUAUGCCCAGUGCGGAAAUAUGCCCAUAUUCAAUGGCUACUCCAUCGAUGCCAAUAGACGUCUGCAAAUGGAGACUCUGAAGAUGUUGAGUGAGGCCAAGCGGCGGCAAGAGGCGGCCCUGAAAGCUCAGAGUAUUGCCGCCCUAUUGCAACAAUAUGGCCAAAGUAGUAGUCCCACAGUGGGGCCAAGUCUGGCCAGUUUGAGUAUGAUCCAACCGAAUAUCGAGCAGGAUGCCAUGGACCCGUAUGUGGUGAAUUUACCCGACAUCACAACCACAACCAUGCGACCCAUUUUGCCGCCCAUUAGCAAUAUUGGCAAUGGUUCACCUUUGUCAUCGUCUUCUUCAUCCUCAUCAUCUUCAUCCUCUGGCAAUGUGAAGAAGCGUAAAUACUAUUGCAAAGAGGGUGACAAAAUACCCGAUCAGACAUCAAUAAGCAGCUACUUUGUAUGCUAUAAAAAUGCCCAGGGUCAAAUGAAGGGUCACAAGAUGACCUGUUCGAAGAGUUUGCUCUUCUGCCCCAAAACUCUAAUGUGCACCUUGGCAUCGAAAUGUACUGGCUGAUUUCGGAUAAACGGGGGAAAGAAUGUUUUUAGUCCAUAAGAA